AGUAAAGAUCUGAUUUUGAUUUUGGUUUGUAGAAAAAUAGUAUAGAAUUUUAAAAAUUGAUUUUAAAAUGUUUUUCUUUUAAGAGUUAACAUUAACGUUUUAACAAUAUAUGUAGAUGAAGAAACUAUCUCUUAAUCUGUCUUUAGUUAAGAAACAACAACAAUUACAAUAAGAUAACGCUUUAUCAUAUGUACCUAUUUAUAUCAGUUGAUAAAAAUUAUAAUAUUUGCACAUUAUCGAUUAUUUAUUCAAAUUUCCGUGUAUAUAUAACCUAGUCUAGAUUUUAAAACUAAAAACAGAUAUUUGUUGCAUGUAACAUGGUAUUAGAAAAUUGUCAAGUUGUUUUUAAUAAUUAUAAGGGAUAUUUUUAUUCUGGUGAUAUUGUAACGGGAUCUGUAAUAUUUGGAUUAAAACACAAUAGCGUGGUAAAAGUGUUAAAUGUUAAGGGAACAAGUAAAGCAAGAUGGACACGUCCAAUGCCUACCAUACCACAUAUUAAAGUCUAUUCAGAAAAAAUUGAAGUUCUUCGAAUCGAUAUAUCGAUUGAUACUAAGGAGAACACUUUGUUAUCAAAAAAUUUAAGUAUCCCCUUCCAUUUUAUUCUUCCUCGUAAUAUACCAUCAAGUUUCCAAGAUUCAGUAGCCAAAACACAAUAUCGUGUUAUAAUAAAAACUAAUAAAAGAUUGCAAAAACGGGUAUUUCCAUUUGUUGUUGUUACACAUUUAAACCUUAAUAAUUUCGAGUUUACGUCUUACAAUGAGAAGUACCUGUAUGAACUUACCAAGAGUUUUGGUAAAUUUAAACAAUAUCAGUUUAGAAUAAAAACAUAUAAAGGUAUUGGAUCUAAUCAACGAAAUAUACCAUUUGUAGCAUACAUAACUAACGAAAAAAAGAUCAAAGUGUCGAAAAUAGUGAUAUCGCUUCUUCAGAAAUUAGAAUACACAGUGAUAUCGGGUUAUUAUAAUACUGAAAAGAAAAUACAUGAAAUUUUUUUAAAAGACUUUAAAAACAACUUGGAAGAAACAUACACAUUUUUAAUAGAUAUACCACCGGUUGUACCGUCUACAAUAAAUUUGGAUCGUACAUUGAUAAAAAUCUCUUACGUUUACAAGAUCACAGUCUGUUUUCGAUUUCAUUUUAGUAUGAAUAUGGAAAUUCCUGUGGUUAUUGGAUCAACACCUGUAAUUUUUACAAAAUAGCACGUUUAAAUUUAAGACAAACUAAACAUAUUUCUAACUAUCCUUGAUCUUAAACAAAAUUUUACUACAGCUACAACUUUAAUCGCGAUAGCGAAGUGUUUCUGACAUGUUCAGUGUUCUGAUGUUUAUAUACAACUUUUUAUCCAUCUUAGCCACUUGAGACGUUGGCCCUGCCAGGGUUAGGCAGGGCGAGGAUCCUUUUGUAUCCAAAUUUUUUAUAGUACUUACAGCUAUGAUUCUGGAACUCGGGACUGCGAGUUGCUUAAUCUCUAGAAUUACACUGCACUUUUACUAUGUUUCUGUGGUUACAGCUUCAUGAAAUAAAAAAAAUUAUAAUUCUAAAAUUCUUUCUUUUCAUUUUC